AUGCAGGACCUCAACGGGCACAUUGGCCAGGGUGCCAGUGCAAAUUCAAACGGCCGAUUUCAAGGCCACGUAUCAAAGCCUUCUAAUAGCGACACUGGAUUCUCUCACGGUGCCUUCACGUCCAACAUAUCUGGAUUUGCUGACCGUCACCCCCGUCGCGGCAACAUUCCGUCUCUCAACACUCAGUCCAUGAAUCAGAAUCAAGUCGCAUCUCCCAAUGCAAACGACAUGACUACACCUGGCACUGCGUUCGAUAUGCAAUUUACUCCUCUCCUCCCCUCGCAGCUUCUGCUUGGAAGCCCCUUUCAGCCCGGAAGCCCAGCCGCCUUUGGAAGCAGCCCUCAGUUCCAAAACUUGUCUGCUUUCCAACAGAGCCAGCAGCAAGGGGGAAAUAACACUCAGCAUAGCGGGGGUGUCUCUAGCCCUGUUCAACAAAAUAUUUCGCCUCAGUCAUAUCAGGCCAUGGUGUCGCCGUCCACGUAUGGCGCCCCUCAGUUCUACCCUCCUCAGUCCCCUACUGGAGGUUUCAACAUGCAAUCGGCAAUGCAGCCCGCUUCCCCUGUUUUGGGAUCUUCUGUCGUGAGUAGUUCCAGUCGGACAGUCUAUCUUGGCAACAUUCCCCAGGACACCUCCGCCGAGGAAAUCCUCGGCCACGUUCGGAGCGGUCAAAUUGAGUCAGUUCGUCUCUUGCCUGACAAGAACUGUGCUUUUAUCUCGUUCCUCGACGCCAGUUCUGCGACGCACUUCCACUCUGAUGCAAUCUUGAAAAAGCUCUGCAUCAAAGGUCAGGAUAUUAAGGUGGGCUGGGGCAAGCCAUCUCAGGUCCCCAAUUCAGUUGCACUGGCUGUUCAGCAGUCCGGCGCCUCACGAAAUGUCUACUUGGGCAACUUGCCUGAGGAUGUAUCUGACGAGGAACUUCGUGAAGACCUGGGCAAGUUUGGUGCCAUCGACACAGUCAAGAUUGUGCGGGAAAAGAGCAUUGCAUUCGUCCACUACCUAUCCAUAGCCAAUGCCAUCAAGGCAGUCUCUCAACUUCCGCAAGAAGCAAAGUGGCAGGCUCCUCGUCGUGUCUACUAUGGCAAAGACAGAUGCGCCUAUGUCUCUAAGACACAGCAACAGAACGCUGCGCAGUAUUUAGGCAUUGCCCCUGGCUAUGCACAUAUGUUGACCGGUGCCGAUCGUGACCUGAUCUCCAAUGCUCUUGCACAGCAAUCCGUCGCUGCAGCCGCCGUAGCAACCACUGCCGGAGGAAUCAACAACCUAGGAAACCGUACGAUUUACUUGGGUAACAUUCACCCGGAAACGACUAUUGAGGAAAUCUGCAAUGUUGUUCGUGGGGGUUUGCUGCACCACAUUCGAUAUAUUCCUGAUAAGCACAUUUGUUUCGUUACCUUCAUUGAUCCAACGGCCGCGGCAUCAUUUUAUGCGCUGAGCAAUCUCCAAGGCCUAAUGAUACACAACCGCAGACUCAAGAUUGGUUGGGGGAAACACUCCGGAGCCCUUCCACCAGCAAUUGCCCUGGCUGUCAGCGGUGGUGCAUCUCGAAACGUUUAUAUAGGUAAUUUAGACGAGACUUGGACUGAAGACCGUCUUCGUCAGGACUUCUCUGAAUAUGGAGAAAUCGAGCUUGUAAACACGCUUCGCGAAAAGAGCUGUGCCUUUGUCAACUUCACAAACAUUGCCAACGCAAUCAAGGCAAUUGAGGCGAUUCGUGGCAGGGAUGAAUACAAGAAGUUCAAAGUCAACUUUGGCAAGGACCGCUGUGGAAACCCCCCUCGACAGACGCAGCAGCAGGGCCAGUCUCCUCGUCCUGAGGGGGUUGCUUCCCCUCCGCCAGGCGGUUCCCAGAACAGCGGCUCGCCACCGAAUGGCUCGACACCUCAGCAAUCUGCUACAUUGUUCAACGCCCAGAGCAACCCUCUUACAAUGUACUUGAACCAGUUGUCUCAACAGGCUCAUCAACACCAGCACCAACAGCAACACCAGCACCUGUCUUUGCAGCAGAACUUACUCUUCAACACGGCCCAAUCCUCUCCUAAUGAGCUAGGUCUCGACAUCCCACAGCAAGGAUCCCUAGGCGGGCACGGUCAAUCUGCCUCCAUCUCCAACAGCUACGGUCCCAAUGCUACUUCGUCUGGCGCCACAACUAUCGGGGGACUUCUUGCCCCAGGCAACGCCCGUGGUUCUCACAGCCGGGCUGUCAGUUUGCCUGUGCUUGCCCCUGGCUUCGAGAAUGGCGGCAAUAGUCCAAAUAGCUUGGCUGGUAGCAACGGCAGUGACGGAGAAAGACGUGGCCAUCAGUAUCAGUCCAGCUUUGGUGGAUUGGGAGGCACAGGCUUCGGCCUUGCUAUACAAGGUGGUCUCAAUGGAUGGGUAGAAGAGGAAGUGGCCAACUAA